UUCAUCAUUCAGUGUCCCUUGCUUCAAACAGAAUGAAGGUGCUCGCUUUUACCCUUCUUGCCCUGUUGGCUGUCAGCGCCCAGGCCGGCAAGCUGACCGACAACUUGAUCAAGUUGAUUCCCAGUUUUCCCACUGGCUUUGUCAUCAACGGCACUGAAGCUGAACCCCACGCCGCGCCCUACAUUAUCUCUUUGAGCAGCAAAUUCGAGAAGCACGCGCACAUCUGCGGAGGAACCAUCGUGAACAAGGAAUGGAUCGUCACUGCUGCACAUUGCAUCGUCUCCGACCCCGUUGGCAUGGGAGUGAUCGCCGGUCUCCACAAGCGCGCCGAGGUCGAUGAGCGCACCCAGCACCGUCAAAUUGACUUUGGCCGCGUUCAUGAGCAAUACAGUGGGGGCGUGGGUCCCUUCGACAUCGCCGUCCUGCACGUCAGCGAGCCCUUCGAGUUCAACGAGUGGGUCAGCCCAGCUGCCCUGCCCAGCCGCGAGGAAAUCCACGAGGGCGAGACCCACCUGUACGGUUGGGGCCAGCCAAAAUCCUACAUAUUCACGGCUGCCAAGACUCUGAUGACCCUUACCACACAGAUUCUGAACUACGAAGAGUGCAAGGCUGUGUUGCCCGAGGAUGCCCCACUGGCUCCAUCCAAUGUCUGCUCCGAUUCCCUGCAGCAAAGCAAAUCUGCCUGCAAUGGCGACUCCGGCGGCCCCCUGGUCGUCGAGCACAAGGAUGCUCCCUCUGAGCUUAUUGGAAUCGUUUCCUGGGGCUACAUCCCCUGCGGCUUGGCCAACCAGCCCUCAAUCUAUACCAGAGUCUCCGCCUACAUCGACUGGAUCGUCAAGAUCCAGAAUGCCUACUACGUUCAAAUACUCCAGUUACCAGUAUCAAACAGAAAACUGCGAACAAUUAACAUGAAACUAUUUGUGGCUCUUAUUGCACUGGUCGUGGCCUCCGCCAACGCCAAUAUAAUUGGCAUGCCCGGCUUCCCAGAGGGCCGCAUCAUCAAUGGCAACGAGGCCAAAGUUGGCGAGGCACCCUUCAUUGUUUCCCUGCAGACGACCUGGAACGCCCACUACUGCGCCGGCUCGCUGAUCAGGAAUGACGUCGUCCUGACCGCCGCCCAUUGUAUGACCCACACUAAUUUCCAGGUGGUUGCCGGCGCUCACAGCCGCACGAAGAAGUCCGUGGCUCAGGUGCGCAAGGGCAGCAGCGCCCGUCAGACCAUCCACGAGAAAUAUGGCGGCAGCGUUGGCCCCUUUGACAUUGGUCUGAUCUUCCUCGAUAAGCCAUUCAACAUCAAUACCCGCAAUGCGCCUGUCGCCACCAUCGCUGUGGCCUCCAAGCAGUACGCCACGACCGGCAAUGGUGUCCUCUACGGCUGGGGUCGCGACAACUCUGGCUCGAAGCCUGACAAGCUGCACAAACUGGAUGUGGAAAUCAUUGACUACAAGAAGUGCUUGGCUAACAUGCCCAGGGGUAACAAACUGGCCGAGACCAAUGUCUGCACCUUCAGGGCUGGCACCACCGACGGCUCCUGCACCGGCGACAGCGGCGGCCCAUUGGUAAACAGGCGUCCCGACGGCUCAUACCAACUGGUUGGCACCGUCUCCUGGGGCUACACACCUUGUGCCAGCACCAAGUAUCCAUCGGUCUACACCGACGUUGCCUCCUACAGGAAUUGGAUCCAGCAGCACAUUAACGACUUCACUGCGAAGUCAACAGCUGUUAACAUGAAACUAUUUGUGGCUCUUAUUGCACUGGUCGUGGCCUCGGCCAACGCCAAUAUAAUUGGCAUGCCCGGCUUCCCUGAGGGCCGCAUCAUCAAUGGCAACGAGGCCCAAGCUGGAGAGGCACCCUUCAUUGUCUCCCUGCAGACGACCAAGAACGCCCACUACUGCGCCGGCUCGCUGAUCAGGAAUGACAUCGUCCUGACCGCCGCCCAUUGCUUGACCUACGCCAACUUCCAGGUGGUUGCCGGAGCUCACAGCCGCUCGGACAAGACCGAGACUCAGGUGCGCCAGGGCAGCAGCGCCCGUCAGACCAUCCACGAGAAAUACGACGGCGGCGUUGGCCCCUACGACAUUGGUCUGAUCUUCCUCGAUAAGCCAUUCGAUAUCAAUAGCUUGGCCCGCAACGCGCCUGUCGCCACCAUCGCUGUGGCCUCCAAGCAGUACGCCACGACCGGCAAUGGUGUCCUCUACGGCUGGGGUCGCGACAACUCUGGCUCGUUGCCCGACAAGCUGCAGAAACUGGAUGUGGAUAUCAUUGACUACAAGACGUGCUUGGAUAACCUGCCUAAGGGCAACAAACUGGCCGAGACCAAUGUGUGCACCUUCACGGCUGGCACCACCGACGGCGCCUGCAACGGCGACAGCGGCGGCCCAUUGGUAAACAGGCGUCCCGACGGCUCAUACCAACUGGUUGGCACCGUCUCCUGGGGCUACACACCUUGUGCCAGCACCAAGUAUCCAUCGGUCUACACCGACGUUGCCUCCUACAGGGACUGGAUCCAGGAGCACAUUAACGACUUCUAAGCAUUUCUGAUAACUCAAUAAACGAAAUGAAUUCUAUUGCA